UCAAUGCAGCUUUGUUUUGUUGAUUCAUUCAUGUUUAUUUUGAUUAAUUUUGUUUAUCACAUGAUUUUUACAUUCUUUAUCAAAUCUAAAUAAACCCUGUUUACUAAAAUACCCCCGUACAAACACAGUGGCUACAUAAAAUCACAAUGGACCCUUACGAAAUUGAGUUUAUUGGUGAAAAUAGGCUAGUGAGUGUGAUACCUAACUUUACUUACGAUAAAAUUUACUUAAUUUGCGGUGAAUUUGGUCCUUUCCGUGCCGGUUUGCCGAUGAACGUACCCCUGUGGCUGGCGGUCAUGUUGAAACAGAAACAAAAGUGUAGAAUAGUCCCUCCAGACUGGAUGGACAUCGACGCUCUAGAAACCAUAAAAGAAGCAGAAAAAACAUCAAGAUUCUUCACAAAAAUGCCAAACGAACAUUACAUGGUGGAAGCGAAGCUGAUUCUCGGAGCUGCUGCUGAAGACAUUCCCCGCGCCGGUGAGAUCAAGACCAUUAUCAAGGACAUCUGGGACAUCCGCAUGUCCAAGCUGCGGACCUCCAUGGAUACCCUCAUGAAGUCUGGAGGCAGCUACGGUAGACUUGACCAUCUUACCAUGAUGGAAAUAAACUCGGUCAAACCACUGUUGCCGUCUGCUAUGGAUGACCUGCUUAGAAUACAAUCUAUGGCCAAGAAGACUAUACAACCAAGCCUGAACACUUCAAGUUUCAGCCAGUCCGGUAGCUCACAGAAUAUUUAGGUAUUAAUUUAUACUAUUUUAACUUAAGUCUUUACCUCUAAGUUGCAAACAAACCAAUGUGAUAUUUUUUAAAAUAAAUAAGGUUUACAUUACAUCAACAAAGA